CAGCAGUGCUCAUUCCCGCAACACGUAAGCUACCUCACACCUCCUCAGAAUUUCCCAAUUGCAACCGUCUCAACGUCGCCCUGCUUCGAAAAUGGCCGGAAAGAGCAAAAUUCUGAUCAUCGGCGCCACCGGAUACAUCGGAAAGUUCAUCGCGGAAGCCGGCGCCAAUGCCGGCCACGCCACAUUCGCUCUGAUCAGAGAAUCCACGCUCUCAAACCCCGACAAAUCGCAAGUCGUCCAGAGAUUGAAGAAUUCCGGCGUCAAUUUCAUCCAUGGUGAUUUGAACGAUCAAUCGAGCCUGGUGAAAGCGAUCAAACAAGUGGAUGUAGUGAUUUCGACGGUGGGACACUUUCAAUUGGCCGAUCAGGUGAAGAUCAUCGCUGCUAUAAAGGAAGCCGGAAACGUCAAGAGGUUUUUGCCGUCGGAGUUUGGGGUGGAUGUGGAUAGGGUGAAUGCGGUGGAGCCGGCGAAAUCGGCAUUCGAGGUGAAAUCAGGGAUUCGCAGGGCGGUUGAGGCGGAAGGAAUACCGCACACUUUCGUUGCGAAUUUCUUCUUCAGCGGUUACUUCCUUCCGAAUUUGGCCCAGCCUGGUUCACAAUCUCCCCCCACAGACAAAGUUGUUAUUCUGGGCGAUGGCACUGCCAAAGCUGUUUUCAACAAGGAAGAUGACAUAGCUGCAUAUACCAUCAAGGCAGUGGAUGAUCCAAGGACAUUGAACAAAAUCCUCUAUGUCCGGCCUCCCAAAAACAUCAUUUCCUUCAAUGACCUCGUCGCCAUCUAUGAGAAGAAAAUUGGCAAGUCUCUUGAAAAGGAAUAUAUUCCGGAAGAACAAGUUCUUAAGAACAUCAAAGAAGCCGGGGUGCCAUUGAAUGUGGGGCUAUCCAUCUCUCACUCCGCCUUUGUGAAGGGCGACCACACUAACUUUGAAAUUGAACCAUCCUUCGGAGUGGAGGCAUCCGAGCUUUAUCCCGAUGUCAAAUACACAAGCGUGGAAGAGUACAUCAAUACCAUCGUGGGAGCGUGAGAGCGAUUCUCAAGAUCAUUUCUAUAUGUGCCUUACUAUUUAGUCCCCUUGAUCAUCCUUUUGUUGUCAUGUGUUUGUGAGAAUUUUCAUAGUUUUUUUUCCUUGGUUUGGUUGAAGAUAUCAUGAGUCAACCUAUCUCUACCCUUAGUACAUGUGUGUAAACCUAUCACUACGAAGCCCUUCCCCAUAUGUUUCGAAAGUACAUGUAGGUGAGGUUUGGAAUAACCGUGUAUAUCCAGUCCAUGUUUGUAAUAAAAUGAAGCUUUCUCUUUCCU